CACCUCCCGCUCCCUCCCGCCUCCUCGUCCGCCCCACUUCUCAUUCACUUGGCUCGCACGGCGCAGACGGCGCUAGGAGCUCACACCGCCAGUCUGUGCGCAGAGUCGGAGCCAGAGGCCGCCGGGACACCGGACCAUGCACGCCCCUAACUGAAGCAGCAUCUCAACGCCGUAUCUCCGGGGCAGCCCAGCGGAUUACAAGGCGCUCAGACUCAGAGGAACCCUUGGGAAAGACUCCUGAAGUCCCCUCCAGGACAGUCCUCACCUCGACGCCCCGCUAGCGCAGAGAGAAACGCGCAGUGGCCCCGGCUCGCCGCACCAUGGAGCGGAUCCCCAGCGCGCAACCACCUCCCGCCUGCCUGCCCAAAGCAUCAGGACUGGAGCCUGGAGACCUACCAGGAAUGGAUUUUGCCCACAUGUACCAAGUGUACAAAUCGAGGCGGGGAAUAAAGCGGAGCGACGACAGUAAGGAGACCUACAAACUGCCUCACAGGCUCAUCGAGAAGAAGAGACGUGACCGGAUUAACGAGUGCAUCGCCCAGCUGAAAGAUCUUCUACCCGAACACCUCAAACUUACAACUUUAGGUCACUUGGAAAAAGCCGUGGUUCUUGAACUUACCUUGAAGCAUGUGAAAGCACUAACAAACCUAAUCGAUCAGCAGCAACAGAAAAUCCUUGCCCUGCAGAGCGGUUUACAAGUCGGUGAGCUGUCGGGGAGAAGUGUUGAUGCAGGUCAAGAGAUGUUCUGCUCAGGUUUCCAGACGUGUGCUCGGGAGGUGCUUCAGUACCUGGCCAAGCACGAGAACACGCGGGACCUGAAGUCUUCCCAACUCGUCACCCACCUCCACCGAGUGGUUUCGGAGCUGCUGCAAGAUGGUACUUCCAGGAAGCCAUCAGACCCAGCUCCCAAAACCAUGGACUUCAAGGAGAAACCCAGCUCUCUGGCCAAAGGCUCAGAAGGGCUUGGGAAAAACUGUGUGCCAGUCAUUCAGCGGACUUUCCCUCACUCGAGUGGGGAACAGAGUGGCAGCGACACAGACACAGACAGCGGCUACGGAGGAGAAUUGGAGAAGGGUGACUUACGCAGCGAGCAGCCAUACUUCAAAAGUGAUCAUGGACGCAGGUUUGCCAUGGGAGAAAGGAUUGGCCCUAUUAAGCAAGAAUCUGAAGAACCCCCCACCAAAAAGGGCAGGAUGCAGCUCUCAGAUGAUGAAAGCCGUUUUUCUAGCAGUGACCUGAUUGGCUCCCCAUUCCUGGGCCCACACCCGCACCAGCCUCCUUUUUGCCUACCCUUCUAUCUGAUCCCACCAUCAGCAACUGCCUACCUGCCCAUGCUGGAGAAGUGCUGGUAUCCCACCUCUGUUCCAGUGUUAUACCCGGGCCUCAACGCUUCUGCUGCAGCCCUCACCAGCUUCAUGAACCCAGACAAGAUCUCGGCUCCCUUGCUCAUGCCCCAGAGACUCCCUUCUCCUUUGCCAACCCAUCCAUCCAUUGAUUCUUCUGCUCUACUCCAAGCUCUGAAGCAGAUCCCCCCUUUAAACUUGGAAACCAAAGACUAAACUCUUCAGGGGACCCUGCUGCUUUGCUUUCCUUCCUUCCUUACUUAAAAAAAAAAAAAAAAGUUUUUGUGAAUGCAGUGAGAAUGUUCCAGUGUGUAUGCCGAGCUAAUCUGAGACGUGGAGAGAAGAUUCAGGGUGUGGGUGUAUGCGUAUGUGUGUGUGCGUGCGUUUUGUGUGCCUGAGUGUUGGUAUAGAACAUGAAAGCUCCUUUUGGCUUAGGGAAGACACGAAGGAGUGCCUGACAUCAGUAGAUUUAGGGGGCAUUGCAGCACACUUCUGGGCUUUUCCCCACCCAGAGAAUAGCCUCCCUUUGAUAGGAGUCAGCUGGAUUUUCAAAAGCUUCUGUGAGUCACUCUUCAGUUUGGGAGCCAGGUCUGUGGCUUUGAGAAAAAGGUACUUUCAAAAGAGGACUUUCUGGAGCAUAGCUCCCAGCCAGCUGUUCUGACCCCACCCUUGUCCUUGUCGUAGUGACUCACCAGACAAACGGGGAGAGGGCAGUCAGACUAAGCUUGGGUGCGAUUCUGCUAAAGUGAGGUAGCAGACACUGGCAUCGCACAGCAGUGGUUUGGGGAGGUUUCCCUCAGGUAUGCUUCCCACCCCUGCCUCAGACGAAUAAAGAGAAUGUAGUUCCCUACUCAGGCUUCAUAGUGGUUGGCUUAUUAAGGAACUGAAAAGGGCUGCCUUUUACAAGCCAGAGGAGCCCUGGUGGCGCAGCAGUUAAGUGCUCGGCUACUGACCGAAAGGUUGGCAGUUCCAACCUACAAGCCGCUCUGGAGGAGGAAGAUGUGGCCAUCUGCUUCCAUAAAAAGAUUUACAGCCUUGGAAACUCUGUGGGGCAGUUCUAGUCUGUCCUCCAGGGUCGUUAUGAGUUGGAAUCACUCGAUGGCAAUGGGUUUGCACAAGCUGAGCUGCCAGGGAAUGAGGGAGGAGCUUCCUCGGGACCUCUGGCACCUGUUUCUUGGUCUCACUAUUAACACUUGCUGUCCAAGGAACCAAACCAGGGUCUGAGAGAUGCAGACGUCAAGUUCUGAGCACCCCAGAGGGCACAGAGCUGAGUCAUAAAUUGCUACCUUCAACAGAGCUAGACUCAGUUUUCAUUUCUAUCCUAAAACUCCUUUUAACCAAGCUUUAGCUUCUCAAAGGCCUAACCAACCCUUGGCACAGCAAGCUCCUUUCUAUAGGCUAAUUCCUCUUGCCUGAUGGUAUAUGGAGUGUCCUUACUCCUAAAAAGAAUUCUGUCUCCUUCAAAGAAGUUUUCUUUUCGGUCCGGAGUACAUGUUUUCCUGAUUUGUCCAGCUAGCCCUGCACCAGCUUUUCAAAAUGCACUAUGCUCGAUGGCCGAUUGUGUUUUAACUUUUUCUUUUCCUCUUUUUAUUUUGGUAUCAAGUCGUUGCCUUUAUUUGUAAAACUGUUAUAAAUAUAUAUUAUAUAAAUAUAUUAAAAAGGAACAUGUUUCAGAUGUUUAUUUGUAUAAUUACUUGAUCUACAAAGUGAGAAAAAAAUGAAUGUAUUCCUGUUUUUGAAGAGAAGAAGAAUUUUUUUCUCUAGGGAGAGGUACAGUGUUUAUAUUUUGGAGCCUUCCUGAAGGUGUGAAAUUGUAAAUAUUUUUACUUAUGAGUAAAUGUUAAGUAGUUGUUUUAAAAUACUUAAUAAAAUAAUCCUUUUCCUGUGGAAGAGAAAGACAGUCUCCUGCGUUUUUUAUAAUCAGAUUCGUGCUGUGGCCGCCUUCUGUCCUCACCUCUUGACAGAAGAAGGCAACAACUAGUUAAUCUCGAUGUGAUUUCAUUCAGCUUUUUCCAUGCCUUGUAUUCAGAAUAAGUUUAGUCAAAUUAGCAGGUAAAAACAAUUUUUUUUUUAACCCUUGCCAGGAGUUCACAAUCAUAUGCCUAUUUUAGGAGUUAAGAAAAAGGUGCAUUUUUUAUUUUCCAGUUUGCUUCAGUCAUGGUUCUUCAGAAUUGGAAGGAAAACCAAGGUAUAAAAUUGUGUGUUGGAAUGUCUGAGGAACUUGCUGGAGGGGUAGGCACGUUGAGGAAAGAUUUAAUGGGUCAUUGUGCAAUAGCAGUUGGUGCUGGGGAUAGCGCCUCUUUGCCAAGGCAGUCUAACUUUUUCAAAUCUAGCAUGGUCUAAUGGAUUUGCCAUAUCCUGCCUUCUUGUUGCUGGAGGCAACGUUCCAUAAUUAUUUUCUACAUCCUUCCUGGACUUCCUCUCAUUGGGUGUGUUUGUGUGUGAAUGAAUAUCGGUGUUGCCUAGUCAAGUGCUCUUAUUUUUAAAGAAAUUUUUAAACUCCAUGGGAAAAGAAGUGGGAAAUGACCAGGUAUUUUUGCCUCUCCUCUCCACUUGGAUUUGUAGCGUUCCUGUCGAAUACUCCCUCUGAUAUUUCCUGAUGGUCAGUGUGUGGGUCGCCAUGCACCAGCCCUCACGGCAUCUGAGUCUCCCAGAACCCUCUGCUUCUCUGGAGCCCUUGCAGGGAACCUGCCCCCAGGGAGUAAGUUCUCAGCCAGGCAGAGGCACCACCUGCUAGUCAGGACUGUUUGCUUCAAAUGUCACCUUCCCUGUGUCCUGAUGAGCCAGCAGGCGAGAGUAGGCAUUGCCUCCCUGAUGCGAGGUACAGACACAUGGCCUAAAAGGCACAAUUAUCCCUGAGCGGAGUGGUGUCAUGGAUGGAGACCUACCUAGAUCAGGAGUCAGGAUCCCUGAAUCUGGUCCAGUCUUUGAUGGCCUAUUACCUCUCCCUCAGAACAGGUUUUUGACUCAGUAAAACAAGGAUUCUGAGAAUGACCUCACAAGUUCCUCUGUCAGGCAGAUAGCAAAUUUCGUCAGUCUCUCUCCCCCAGCUUCUCAGGGCCUGAGUCUCCUGGUUUCCUGCCUGCUAAACCCCUGAAUCCCUCCACAAGUUGCUAGGCUCUUCUGACUAGAUUUUUCCUGUAAAAACCCAAACAUGUCAAGUUUAUCCUGGUGAAGGAGCUGGGCAGAAAUCAAGGCCAUACUUUUGCAUGCCCGGCUCUUUCCUGGGCCAUGACUCAAUGAGUAGCUCUGGGGACAGAAGGAAGUGGUUCAACCAACCUGAACUAAAAAAAGAUAAGAGGGUUGACACACAGUCAGCCCAGAAUCCCCCUCUCCUACUCUGACCACAUCAAACACCCCCAAUGGUUGCUCUGCCCCUCUGCCCCCGUUUCUGCCUCUCAAUAGCCCUUGACCUUCCUUCUCGCCCUGUCUCAGCAGAA